UAAAAGCGAGUCCGAAAUAACACCGGAGUUGAGAUAACAUUUGAAAAUCAGCUGGCUAAUCUCCGACCGAACGUUGUUUGCAUUCGAUCGUGAUAUAUCGGUGAAAGAAGACGCGUUCUGUUUAGAUCUGUUUAGAUUAUUAAAUAUGGUUACCUUAUCAAACUGCAAUUAUAGUAAAAACACAUCCAAGUAUGUGCUUUAUGAAGUGUAAAAAUCUACUACACAGUUGUAGGUGAAAAUGUUGUUAUCAGCGUGGCGACCAUUAUGUGGUGACGGCUGCAGUGAUCAUUUGCAAGCCCACCUUGCAUGUCGCCUGUCGUCAGUAGCAAUCAGCCAAUCAACAGAAAAAUAAUAUUUUCUUUCGGAUAAAAAUCAUUAGUGUCUAUUAUCUUAUAGUUGGACUUCCUUAUGCAACGCAAUUUUGUGAAGAACUGCUUUAUAAUUCUGACAUAAUGAAGCUCGAGAAUUGAUUAUCGAGCCCCAAGCUAUGGUUUGAGCUCCGGAGUCUGUGGAAGAUGAGAACAGGAUCGCCCGAAAGUAAUGGCUCCACACGCGGAGGAUUGCGAAGAGAUGGAACGACUCAACAGGGAAGAAUACCAAGCAGUACCGGUACACCAAGGAAGAAGAAUAUUGCCAGUUGAAGCCUCUUCAGCACAAGCCUGGAUAGAGAAUGAAGAUUUGAACCCUGGGCCUGAUAGCAGAACCAAUAGCCCCGGCGAAAACCGUCGAUUGCUAGGGAGGAAGGCUGAAAAGCCAGGAUUGCAAUCUGGCCUCACUCUCGGGGUUUGGAAACAAUCCAAGUGCUCCUUAAGCAAGACAGUAAUAAAACCACAAGCGAAGACCAAGUUUCAGAAACGAAAGGAAGUCCUCAUUGAAGCUUUGCGGCCACCCUACUUCAUCAUCAGCAUUAUCAUUUUUAUUGCGGCAUUGCACUUAUGCGGACCCAGGGAAUGGCGGGCAUGGUUAGAGUGGGCACCGGGAGCGUGGUGGCAGGAGCCCUGGCGGCUGAUCACCUACGGCUGGGUGCACGCCGGCACCGCCCAUCUCGCUAUCAACGCGCUCGUCGCUCUGGCAGUCGGGUGGCGUCUCGAGCGCGAACAAGGAUGGGUACGUGUGGCGAUCCUUUGGAGUGGCGGUCUGGUGGCAGGCGCCUUAGGGGCGGGAGUGCUGCAACCGCGGGUGCACGUCGUGGGUGCUUCGGCCGCUGUCUACGCACUCCUCACGGCGCACCUGCCCAACGUGUGUCUGAGGUUCGGCCAUAUACCUCUAUGGUGGUUCCGACCGCUGAGCGUAGUGGUGCUAGGUGCUUCAGAACUGUGGUGGGCGGUUGUGCGGGCAGGUGCUGCAACGAGUGGCUCGGGCUACCACGUAGCGUGGGCGGCGCAUGUGCUCGGCGCCGCCGCUGGUCUGCCGCUCGGCUUUCUCAUUUUUAACGGGGAAAACAGCGGCGACAGGAGAAUAGUAUGGUGCAAAAUAUUAUCGAUGUGUGCAGUAGCGGUGGCCGUGACGUCGGCAGCGAUACACUUCACGUACUGGUACGAUGCAGACCAGUACAGCUGAAGGCGGCUGUCGCUCCUCGUGAUGAAGAGGAUGCGCUACAAUUCCCUGCAGGCGAGGCCCUAGAUAUGAGGGUUGUCAGACAUAUCGAGACCGAUACACGGACAGAAGUUGUCACAUCACCUUUAACGAUAUAAUUUGUAAAACUACAGUCUUUUGUAAUUAGUUAUUUCCAGUGCCGAAAAAGGUUUAUUCUUCGGAUACCUACAAUGGUUUAGACAACAAUUUAAUUAUCGAUGCUCUACGUUGUACCAAUAAUAGGAUUUGACUACUUUGGUUUUCCAAUUAUCAAAUUGGAAUAAACAUAAUUAAUGUACCGUAUGUAGGCGUUUAUAUGUACAAAUUGUUGCAAAACGAGCUUUGGACAGGUCUCUCUUUGAGUCAGACAUAUUUUGGACGAUGACUCUGAUAGGUCUAACUUUAGUACUUAAGUGUAGGUAAUUCUUCCAAAACAUUACUAAUCUCUGAAAGAGGUUUUGUAUGUGAUAUUAUGUCUUAAAAAUACGUUUACUGUAUGUUACAUGGUAUACAUAAAAAUAAUGGAAUAUAGUAAAUUCACCAUAAGAAACGUUUUAUGGAAAAAUAUUCUGUAGUUAUUAUGUUGUAAACAUAACAAUGUAAAGUUUUACGUUUCAUAUUAUAAGCCUGACUCUUUAAAUAAAAUAAUAACUUCAUUUUUUUUGUUAACAUAUAUGUGAUUAGGUAUAGUACUCUCUUUCUCUGAAUACUGUAUUUUUACGUCUUAUGAUAUAUAAUAAUAGGAUAGUGUGACGUCACUCGACUUACAUAUUUCGGUUCUGAUAACAUUAUACGAGAUGUUAAAUAUAACAAAUAGAGUCAGGCAUCAGGACUAGGAGUUUGAAAACGCGAUUUCUAUGAAAUCUCAGAAUUGUGUUUUGUAUCAAAACGCUCGACUUAGGAAUUGAAAGUGUACAUAAAUAGAAGUAAGUGUUUCGAUUACCAAAGAAAUUAUUAAUCUAGUCUUUAUUAUUGACUAAGUACAAAAAUUAUCUUUUAUAGAUUAAACGACUUUCGUCGUCAGUUCAGGUCCUAAUAUUAUUAUUCGUAUUUAAAAGACUUUUUUAUAUUUUCAAUAAAAGUGAUCCAUUUGUAAAA